UCUCUCGCAUUAUGUUCAUUUAUGCUACCAUUCCUUUAGAAAACGGUGGAUGAAAAUGAUGUCGGAUGAACUUAUAAAGAAGUACGAUGAUUUAUUAAUUGAAAAAUCACAGAUCAGUAGAGGUAUUGUUGAAAGGCAACAGAAUAUAAAGAAACUGUUAUUUGACAUAAACAUGUUAUAUCAGUCUCAAGAAGAGUUCAAAUGCCAGAAGGCAAAAAUAGGUGGAAUAAACAAGAGUUGGCAACCUGUUCAACAAGCAAUUGAACUGUGGAGUUCUGCCGAAAAUAUGGAGGAGUUGCAAGGAGUUAUCUCUGUUUUGAAACAAAAGAAGGCAAGUUUGAUCACAGAAAGGUCUAGCAUACUUUCACAACUACAGGAUUUGAAUAUAAAAAAAAUAAAAAUAUAGAAAGGAUUUUAUAAUAAAUUUUAUUUAUGCUUGAUGCCUAUAGUAUCAACUCCUCACUACAA